UGUUCCUCGAUCGGUGAAAGCGCUGAAUUUUACAUUAGAUAGGGAUGCCGAUAUUGUAGCACUGAAAACACUUAUACCACAUUGCCGCGAAACUGCUGUCUGAGAUCAACCAAAGAAACGAGACUGGAAACUUUCACCGGAUGCUAAUAACGCAGCAAAGAAAUCGCCACGGAAAACUUUCCUUGUGAGAAGGCCUAGCAGCUCUCAAAGCAACAGGAUUAGCAACAGCCGUUGUCGAGAUCCUCGAAGCGACUGCGAUCCCAGGAAUUCUCUCCUGAUUAAAUGCGGUACGAAGCCAAUAUGAUGCCGAUGUUCCUUACCGUGUACCUCAGUAACAACGACCAGCAUUUUACCGAGGUGCCCAUCACUCCGGAGACGGUAUGUCGAGAUGUAGUGGACCUGUGCAAAGAACCCGGGGAGGUGGACUGCCACCUGGCUGAGGUGUGGCGUGGAUCAGAGCGUGCGGUAGGUGAAGGAGAGAGGAUGCUGGACCUGCUACAGCGCUGGGGUCAGCAGAAAGCCGAAGUCCGCUUCUUCCUGCGUCACGACCGCCCCCCCAACCGUGACUCAGGAUUCAGAGGGUCCGAACAUAAGAGGAAUGGUGUGAAAGGACCCGCGGACAGAAGGAUGGAAAAUGGGGUGACUCCGCCCCGCAUGGACAUGACCCUGGCUGAGCUACAGGAAAUGGCUGCUAGGCAACAGCAGCAGAUUGAUGCCCAUCAGCAGCUCCUAGCCUCUAAGGAGCAGCGUCUGCGUUACCUCAAACAGCAGGACCAGAGGCAGCAGCAGCAAGCGUCUGAGCAGGAGAAAUUGAAGAGGCUCCGUGAGAACGUGCAGAACCAGGAGGCCCGGCUGAAGAAAGUUCGCGCUCUCAAGGGUCAAGUGGAACAGAAACGCCUUAGCAAUGGCAAACUGGUGGAGGAGAUUGAGCAGAUGAACAAUCUGUUCCAGCAGAAACAGAGAGAGCUAGUGGCGGCUGUGUCGAAGGUAGAGGAGCUGAGCCGACAGCUUGAGAUGCUGAAAAACGGGAAAAUGGAGGCCUACAACGACAACCAGAGCUCUGUGGCUGAGCUUGACCGGCUCUACAAAGAACUGCAGCUAAGGAACAAACUCAACCAGGAGCAAAACGUGAAACUGCAGCAGCAGAGAGAGAUGCUAAACAAACGGAACCAGGAGGUGGCAGCGAUGGACAAGCGUGUGAACGAACUCCGCGACCGUUUGUGGAAAAAGAAAGCCGCUCUGCAGCAAAAAGAGAAUCUGCCUUUUCCAAGGCAACCAUAUGCACCUCAGCUAACAAAUGGCUUCCCUGUUAAAGAGAAGGCUUCAAAAGAUACACAACCCAAGGUGUCCUCAGACGGCCAGGGUCCCCAGCAGUCUGGUCCCUCACGCGUGGCAGCUGUGGGGCCGUACAUCCAGUCCUCCACCAUGCCCAGAGGCCCAGUGAAACACGAGCUACUGGUCAAACCCACGUACCCAGACGGCACGGCCACUCUGCCAGCACAGGACAGGAACGCAGCUGCGUCACAGGGCAAGCCUGGCACAGGUCUCCACCCGGUGAAGGUGUCGUCCAAGCUGACGGACUGGGGUCCUUCCAACGCGGAGACUGGGAACGGCCACGGGUCUUCCACUCUGCCCCGCAUGCCCAGUCAGGCUACGGCGGAGCAAGAUGAUGCAGAGGUGCUGAAACGCGGGCAGGACAGGAAAGUGCGUCCUGUCUCCAUGUUCGAGUCCACUGACCUUCCCGCCACAUCCUUACGCAAAAACCAGAGCAGUGAUGACCUUGUGAGGGAUGCCCAGAGUGCUGGAAAGACUGGAGUCAAAGUUCCUCCUCCAGUGCCCAGUAAACCCAGACAGGUCAACCUGCCCUCGGGGACCCAGAUAUCCUACGGGAAACCCGCGCUUGGCACAGGAACUUUUCCCGGGAAGGCCAAGCCGGCCAAUCACAACCAGUCCUCUGGAUCACACGGCCGGGUCCCUCUUCCCUCCUCACAGAGCAACACCUUACCCUUGCCCUCGAAGCAGGAGACUCCGCCCGCAGCCACCGUGCGGCCCUUCACGCCGGAGCCUCCCGGCUCUAAGGACCCAGCAGGGCAGCCUCUGCAGAAACCCCAGACCCUGGCCGCCCGCUCCAUCUAUUCGAUGUACACCCAGCAGCCUACACCAGGCAAAUCUUUCCAGCCAAGCAACCAGGGAGGACUGAACCGAACCCAGAACCGCAACAACUUCGUCAGUGUGUAUGGAAAGCCAGUGAUUUCUGGACAGAAUCAGCAGUCUCAGAACCAGUACCCAGAGAAUCCAUAUCUAGAGAGGUCUAUUGGUUCUGAGACAGAAAUGGACCAAAGUACCGGAGGGUCGGUCACGGACGGCCAGGAGACAGAGCGUAUUCCCAGACCCCUCAGCCCCACCAAACUUCUACCCUUCAUCUCCAACCCUUACCGUCACCAGAGCGACGUGGACCUGGAAGCUCUGAGGAAGAAGCUCUACAAUGCACCCAGACCGCUCAAAAAACGCAGCUCUAUCACUGAGCCCGAGGGACCCGCUGGGCCCAAUAUCCAGAAGUUGCUCUAUCAGAAGACCACUCUCGCUGCCAUGGAAACCACUGUGAACCAGCCCGUCUACCAGCCAACCGCUGGGGAGGGAGAGAAAGAAGGUUCCGGAACACUCUCCGUAGCCCCUGAGUCCGCUCCCCCCGAGAUCCCCUCUUCUGAGUUCCCCGAACAGACUCCUUCUGAACCUCCUGCCUCCCCCUUGGUCACACCUCAGAUCGAAGGCGAAGACUUCAUUCCUCCUCCGCCCCCAUCUCACCCUGCGCCAAAGCCUGACGACGCCCUACUUCCACCUCCUCCACCGGUGGUGGAGGAACAGCCACCCACCCUCCCACCCCCUCCAGAUAGCUUCAUAGAGGAAUUCCCUCCUUACCCACCUCCUCCAUACCCCAGUGGUGGGGAGCAGGAGGCCUUGGGAGAGGACACUUUCAGCAUGCAGCCUCCUGAGGUCACAGGUCAAGUCCCUUUGCCCCCUGGCAAAAGGACCAACCUCCGUAAGGCUGGAUCAGAGCGAAUCGACCACAACAUGAGAGUGAAGUUCAACCCUUUGGCCCUGCUGCUAGACUCCUCGUUAGAGGGAGAGUUUGACUUGGUACAGAGAAUCAUCUAUGAGGUGGACGAUCCCAGUCAACCGAAUGAUGAAGGCAUUACAGCUCUACACAAUGCCGUCUGCGCCGGACACACAGAAAUAGUCAAGUUCCUGGUCCAGUUUGGCGUCAAUGUGAACGCAGCGGACAGUGACGGCUGGACUCCUCUUCACUGUGCAGCCUCCUGUAAUAAUGUCCAGAUGUGUAAGUUUCUGGUGGAGUCGGGGGCAGCUGUGUUUGCCAUGACCUACAGUGACAUGCAGACUGCCGCUGAUAAAUGUGAAGAGAUGGAAGAGGGUUACUCCCAGUGCUCCCAGUUCCUCUACGGAGUCCAGGAGAAGAUGGGGAUCAUGAACAGGGGCGUGGUGUACGCUCUUUGGGACUAUGAGAAAGAGAACGAGGAUGAGCUGGACUUUAAAGAAGGAGACUGCAUGACCAUCAUCCGCAGAGAGGACGAGGAUGAGGUGGAAUGGUGGUGGGCGCGAAUGGGCGACACAGAGGGGUACAUUCCCCGAAACCUUCUGGGGUUAUAUCCCAGAAUAAAGCCACGGCAGAGGAGUUUGGCCUAAGUGUGACGGCGUGAUGGACGCGCCAUGACCUCAGCGUGCGAGCAUAUGUCAUGGACACUACAGUGAUGCUGAAGAGACACAUCAUAAUUUACAUCUGUUUAAAGGACUCCACUGAGAGAACUACAGUCAAAUAAUGAAGAGACCAAAAUACAUGAAGGAUAAAUAUAUAUAUAUGUAUUUUUUUUUUUGGAAGAGGACGGAAAAAAAUGUAAAAACUGAAACACAAACUCACCCUUGCAGGUGAACCAAGGACCAGUGACUCUUGGCUUACCGAAAGCACUUUUGUAUAACCUCAGAUUUGACACUUAUUUUUUCACAACUCUCUGUUUGUCAUGCUGAUAUUGUUACUUUUUCUCUUAUGCUCUAAUCUAUCAGCAAUACAUAACUGAAUAGGACUUUGAUAGUGCGAAAGAAAUGGAACGAACAGUGUUUUUGUGCGUAAACUGAGUUUAUCUGUUCUGUCUUUUGUGUUGGUUUUGGACUAUUGUUAGCUGUUUUUCCUUUUCUUUUUUUAAUCAGAGAAACAUUUUAUGUUCUGUGCUUGACCAUGUGGAAAACUACUUGCUAAACUAGCUAUAAAAUCUGCUUUAGUACAGCCAGACAGUUGGACAGUCUUACAGAGCUCAACGUUUCACUCAUCAUUUCAAUCGACGACGUCAAUGUCCACCCAAAACUGCAACUAGACUAGCUCUACCAGAGCAAUGACUAGACCAGCUAUAUAUCUGUCUGGCUUAUAUGGAACUGUGGCUAGACCAACUUUCAUUGAUCUACAGCUACAACAGCUCUGCUACCAUAUCUGGCUGUCUUUGCAUAGAUGCUUCCAAUAUGAACUGGACGGAUACAGAAGCUAGGAACAUUGCUUAAGGUUAGGCAAUUCUCCUUUUCUACUAUGUAUGACAACCCCCCAACCCCCCAGAAAUGAACCGAUGAGCUGUUUUUAGAAACUUUUGAGUUGGAGCAUACAUCACUGUUUUGUUCAUGGUCAUUGUGACUUAUCUUUUACAUUUUAGUUGUACAAUCACUUUUUUACAUACUAGAAAGCCUUGGUUUUGUUUCCAGACUCUUUAUAACACUCCUAGCCACAUGUAUCGGACCCAAGAAAAUUUCAGGAGAUACAUACAUACGAAAAUCAGUAAAACCACAUUGUUAAAAAAUUAGGUACCUCUCUCCGUUCACUUUGUGGGUUUUUAAAAAAAGCCCAGUAAUGUGAACAGUCCUUGUGUAUACUUGGUGACAUUUUGGUUUACACAAAAACAUUUGUUUUUCAUCUCAUAAACUGAAUCUGAAAUAUUGAGAUGGUAAUAGGAAUCAUUGUAAUUGAUCAAUUUCAUCCAGAGACCCAACAGUUUUUUUUUUUAAUCACAGAGUGUAUAUUGCUAGGGUACCUUUGUGUGUUUUACAGAAGUUGUUGUCUUAAUACAGAUGUAUUUAUUCUUUUAUUUUUCACUGUGAUUGCUUUUGUCUCACAUUGAACCUCGCUCGUUCGUUCAACUUUUAACUUUUACAAUA